CGCCGUUUGUUGUGCCGGUGAUUGCCCUUGUGGGCGCAGCCGCCGCGAUGCGGUCCGCCCUGCUGCGGUCGCGUGGCCUGCUGCCCGGGCUGGCCUCGUCCGGCGCCAGCCGUCUGCGGAGCGCCAUGGCGACGCCCAAGCUGCGGCUCGAGCCUCAGCUCGAGGCGGUGCUCUCUCGCUUCCGCGCCUCGACCAAAGGAGACGGCAGGCCAAAGGAGGAGGUGUCAUCGCGGCUGGUGGAGGAGUUCGAGCGGCUGCAGAGCCGCAAGGUGCAGCGGGUCCUCCUCGUCUGCUCCGACUACGACUCGUACACCUUCGAGCAGGACGGGCUGCUCACGGAGCUGGUUGACGAGGAGUACGCCGAGAGCGGGCUGACCAAGCCGCCGACGAUCGAGCGCGUCUCGACGCCGGAGGCGGCGCUCGCGCGGGUGCGCGCCGACCCGACCAACUUCGACAUGAUCAUCACGCUCCUCCGCAGCGAGGGCCGCACGAUGAACACGGGCGAGUUCGUCUCGUCGGUGCAGCAAGUCAACCCGGCGCUGCCGAUCGGGCUGCUCGCGCUCUCGCCGUCGGAGCUGACGGCGAUCGACUCGCGCAUCGACCGCAACCUGCGCAUCAACGUCAACAAGCGCCUCAUGUGGGAGACUGGCGACGCCGCCCUCAAGGCGGGCACGGCGGCCGUCGACAGCCGCGCAGGCAGCUCCGCGCGCGUCGCAGACGCUUGGGUGUGGCCCUUUGUCUGGCAAGGGAACGUGUCGCUCUUCACCGCGAUGUUCAAGGCGGUGGAGGACCGGCUCAACGCGGCCAACGACUCGGAAGUCGGCGGGGACGUCGACGGCCGCGAGGCGGAGCUGGUCGCGCGCGAGCUCGUGCCAGUGCGGCAUGAGGUCGCCGGCGUGGCGGACCGCGAGGCCGUGCAGCGGGCCCGAGGCUGCGAGCGUCUUGAGCAGCUGGGUCGCGAGGUGCGACACCUCCGUCUCGACGGCCGGCGGUGA